UGCUGCCAUUUUGGUUUUGUUCCCGGUUGCAGUGGUGGAGUGACUCGGCAGUAUAACUCGCUUCACCAUAAAUAAUUUUUUGUUAAAAAAAACACAAAGAAGAAAACAAUUAAUAACGUUGAUACGACCGAGGCGCGGAUUCCAGGCACUGAGGGGGAAAGAGAAGGAUUAUUGAUGUCCAGCUCGCCGCUGUCCAAGAAGCGCCGCGUGUCCGAAUCAGAGACGAAGACGGGAUCCAACUGCUCCUCCUCCAGCUCUGUGAGAACUGAAAUACCCUGUACAACCAGCAGCACCCCCGCCAACGGUAUGGCUAAGAAUGGAAGCGAGACCGAGAUCGAUGAGGGACUGUAUUCCCGACAGCUGUACGUGUUGGGCCACGAGGCGAUGAAGCGCAUGCAGAAUUCCAAUGUGCUGAUCUCGGGGAUGAGAGGGCUGGGAGUGGAGAUCGCCAAGAACGUCAUCCUGGCGGGAGUGAAGACGGUCACCGUCCACGACUCUGCAGCAGCUGAGUGGAGGGACCUGUCUUCACAGUUCUACCUGCGUGAGGAGGACCUAGGAAAGAACCGCGCUGAGACCACCCAGCCCCGUCUGGCAGAGUUGAACAGCUACGUGUCUGUGUCUGCUUACACUGGAGCCCUCACUGAGGAAUACCUGCAGCAGUUCCAGGUUGUUGUUCUGACAAACGCCUCUCUGGAGGAGCAGUUGAAGAUCGCAGAGGUCUGUCACAGCAGUGGGAUCAAGCUGGUGAUCGCUGACACUCGCGGGCUCUUUGGCCAGCUGUUCUGUGAUUUUGGAGAGGAGAUGAUCGUGUUAGACCCGAAUGGAGAGCAGCCUCUGAGUGCAAUGAUUUCAAUGAUAACAAAGGACAGUGCCGGUGUGAUCACUUGUCUGGACGAGGCGCGACACGGGUUCGAGAGCGGAGACUAUGUCAGCUUUACUGAGAUCCAGGGCAUGACUGAACUCAACAACUGUGAACCAGUCGAGAUCAAAGUGCUGGGCCCCUACACGUUCAGUAUCUGUGACACCAGCUCUUUCUCGGAUUAUGUUCGAGGUGGGAUUGUUUCACAGGUCAAGAUGCCCAAGAAGAUUUCCUUCAAAUCUCUCUCUGCCUCCCUGGCUGAGCCAGAGUUUGUCCUGACAGACUUUGCUAAAUUCGAGCGGCCGGGUCAGCUGCACGUGGGCUUCCAGGCCCUGCACCAGUACCAGAAACAGCACGGCCGCAUCCCCAAGCCAUGGAGCCAGUCGGACGCUGAGGAGUUUGUCUCCCUCUGCAAGUCUCUCAAUGAGUCUCUCACAGGCUCCGCCAAACAGGAGCAGCUUGACGAGGUCCUGCUGAAGAAGCUGGCAUACCUGGCAAUGGGAGACCUGGCCCCUGUCAAUGCCUUCAUCGGAGGACUUGCAGCGCAGGAGGUCAUGAAGGCCUGCACAGGGAAGUUCAUGCCUAUAAUGCAGUGGCUGUACUUUGAUUCUCUGGAGUGUUUCCCUGAAGAGGAGGAGUUCAUGCUGUCAGAGGAGGAGUGUGCACCAAGAAACUGCCGCUACGAUGGUCAAAUCGCUGUGUUUGGGUCCAAGUUGCAGGAGAAACUGUCCAAGCAGCGCUACUUUCUGGUGGGGGCUGGUGCGAUUGGCUGUGAGCUGCUGAAGAACUUUGCUCUGAUUGGUCUGGCGAGUGGCGAGGGUGGGGAGGUGAUCGUGACGGACAUGGACACCAUUGAGAAGUCAAACCUCAACAGACAGUUCCUGUUCAGACCCUGGGAUGUGACGAAGAUGAAGUCUGACACCGCGGCGGCUGCCGUAAAGCAGAUGAACCCAGAGAUCCGAAUCACAAGCCACCAGAACCGGGUCGGUCCUGACACAGAGAGAGUCUACGAUGAUGACUUCUUCGAGGGGCUGGACGGAGUGACCAACGCGCUGGACAAUGUGGACGCCAGGAUGUAUAUGGACCGGCGCUGUGUGUAUUACCGCAAACCCCUGCUGGAGUCUGGAACUCUGGGGACCAAAGGGAACGUGCAGGUGGUCAUCCCCUUCCUGACAGAGUCCUACAGCUCCAGCCAGGACCCCCCGGAGAAAUCAAUCCCCAUCUGCACCCUGAAGAACUUCCCCAACGCCAUUGAGCACACCCUCCAGUGGGCCCGUGACGAGUUUGAAGGUCUCUUCAAGCAGCCGGCAGAGAAUGCAAUGCAGUACCUCACAGACCCCAAGUUCCUGGAGCGCACUCUGAAGCUGCCUGGUGCCCAGCCCCUGGAGGUGCUGGAAGCUGUGUAUAAGAGCCUGGUGACUGACUAUCCUCAGAGCUGGGAGGACUGCGUGGCGUGGGCCCGAAACCACUGGCAGUGCCAGUACAACAAUAACAUCCGCCAGCUGCUGCACAACUUCCCCCCGGAGCAGUUGACCAGCUCUGGUGCCCCCUUCUGGUCAGGACCAAAGAGAUGCCCUCACCACCUGGAGUUCAGCACCAGCAACGACCUUCACGUGGAUUACAUCAUGGCCAGUGCUAACCUGUUAGCCAAGACAUACGGUGUGCCCGGUUCCCGCGACCGUGCUGCCUUGGUGAAGAUCCUGGACGCUGUGCAUGUGCCGCAGUUCACUCCACGCUCUGGAGUCACGAUCCACGUGUCUGACCAAGAGCUGCAGAACGCUAACUCCUCCACCGAUGAUGGCAGGCUGGAAGAGUUGAAGAGCCUUCUACCCAAAUCGGAUUGUCUGUCGAAAUUCAAGCUGACUGCUAUUGACUUUGAGAAGGAUGAUGACACAAAUUUCCACAUGGAUUUCAUUGUCGCAGCAUCGAACCUCAGGGCAGAAAACUAUGACAUCCCUCCAGCAGACCGACACAAGAGCAAGCUGAUUGCUGGGAAGAUCAUCCCCGCUAUUGCCACGACGACGGCAGCAGUGGUGGGCCUGGUGUGUCUGGAGCUGUUCAAGAUUGUUCAGGGCCACAAGAAAGUGGAGUCCUUCAAGAACGGCUUCAUGAACCUGGCACUGCCCUUCUUCGCAUUCUCCGAGCCCAUUGCAGCGCCCAAACACAAGUACUAUGAACAGGACUGGACUCUGUGGGAUCGCUUCGAGGUGAAGGGAAUGCAGGACGAUGGGAAGGAGAUGACACUCAAACAGUUCCUCGACUACUUCAAGAAUGAGCAUAAACUGGAGAUCACCAUGCUCUCCCAGGGAGUGUCGAUGCUGUAUUCAUUCUUCAUGCCUCCUGCCAAGCUAAAGGAGCGACUCUCACAGCCGAUGACUGAGAUUGUGACCAAGGUCUCCAAGAAGAAGCUUGGCAAGCACGUGAAGGCUCUGGUGUUCGAGCUCUGCUGUAAUGAUGACACGGACGAGGACGUGGAAGUGCCCUACGUGCGAUACACCAUUCGCUGAGAGCACAACUGGGGGCGGGGCCAGGGGGGUAUGGGACACCAUUCGCUGAGAGCACAACUGGGGGCUGGGCCAGGGAGGGUGGGGACCAUUUGCUUAGAGGAGGGAGUGGCUGGGUGGAGGAGCUCCAGGAGUUUUUGCAAUUAAUUCUGGAACUUAUAGUCCUUUGUUUUUCAAACCUGAAAGUGUUGGGAGUUCAAAUGAUUUCAGAUUUAGCCUAGUUUUAUAGUAUAAAGGAUGGGAAGGGCCAUAGGGAAAGGGGCUGAAUUGCUAAAGGAAGGGCUAAAGGUAGGUGAUGCCUGAUUUCAGUGGCUCAGAAGAAGGAACGUUUUUCAGAUUUUGGUUUUAAAACCUUGGUUAGUGCUCAUUUUAAAAAGGGGGCCAGUGGUAAUAUUUCUAGAGUGAGUAAGAGGUAAGAAAAGUAUUUCAAAAUCUUGGUUACCACCCCUUUUUUAAGACUACACAAUUUGAGUAACAAUAAUAAAAAAAAGUUCAAGAAUAAAGCAUACCCAUUCAACAUUGUAAUUCUGUGAUGUUUCUCAUUUGUUGGCUACAGGAGCCUACAGUUAAAGACUGACAGUGCUUGUGUGCCCUCGUGCUAAAUCAGUAGUCUAAUUCAGUCCCAGCGGGUUAAUAUAAUGGGUGCAAGAUGGAACUAAAUAUCUGAUUUCUAAAAAUAAAAAAAUCUCCAUUCUAGAAAUGCUUUUUAUUUUUUUAUUUUUUUUUUCCCUUUUAUUGCAAAGCUCUAACUUUAUUUAAAUAUUUCUGUUUUCCAUAAAAACAAAAUCUGUUUUAGACUUGUUUUCUGGGAAUACAGUGUCUAGGAAAAUAUUUGUUCGAUCAAUAGUUGAGUGAAUCUCUGCUAGACUGCUUUCUUGGUUAGAAAAACGUAUACGUAGUGUAGACAUGCUUCUACUUCUCUUUUUCCCCAGCUCUAGAAAGGUGGUUUGAAAAAAUGUCUACAACUUACAUACUGCUUAAACUUUUUUUUUUUUUUUUUUUAAUCUUUGGGGAAAGGGGUUAUUUAAUAAUCUCCUUUUUAUACCCAGUGCAUCUGAAUUCCACAAUUCAGAUGCACUGUCUUCUCUCUCCCAAUGUGUAUUUUCUUUGGUCCCCAUUCCCUCAAUGGAAAGCUCUCGAGCCCCCUGUAUGUCAGCUUUGUUGGUUAAAAGAUGGCUCUGCUUGCACUUAAGUGUUUUUAGUAUAGUACUCUCGAGUGUUGUGGCACUGAAGUUUGUCUUGGUUUCUUCUAAAAAAUUGAGAAUUGCAGCUACACCAUCCAUUCAUUAACACCAAAACAACUUAAACACGCUAGUGAUAGGAUUAGCCAAAAUGUUUGUUAUCCACUCUGUUGAAAUACAACUUUUACUAGAAGUAAUUACCCCAAUAAAGGAGAAUUCUCAAAGAUAAACAGCAUUGAAGUAUAAGCACUCCUUGAAACCCAACAAUGUCCCUUUUUUUAAAAAACCGCAAAUAACCAACAUCCAAUAUUUAGACAAGAACGAGGCAAAAUUGUUGAUCAUUUUCUACAGUUAAAGCAUUUGAACAAAUAUUUGCAGAAAGGUAGCCAUAUUCCUUUCUCGAAUUAUGUUUUGCUGAGUUGAAGAAUUAAAUUAGGUUGUAAUAAUUCAGAACGUAUACGAGAGAACAAGACUGCAGAUAUUUUACGGAUAUUUUGGUAAAUGCCACUUUAAGUCCUGUGAGUACUUAAUAAAUAUUAAGAAAUAUUAACGGCUCCAAGUUUAGUAAUGCAGCUUGUUCUGUAAAUAAUAAAGUAGUUAUUCCACAUUGUGUAAAUCAGUAAUUUUAUAGACUUUACCAUGAUACUAACACUGCAUUUUCUUAUGUAAUGAUAUCUAGGUCUCAAAUACCACAUCUCCAAUAUUAAAUAACUUAAAAAAACUUCAGCUCCACAACAACUAGGACAAAAUAUACAGGAUUGAAUAAGCAGGCCCCUCCUCCUUGGAGCCCAGCCUGUUGGAUCUGCGAUUCAGCGUGUGAAAUUUGUUUUUUUGGUCUGUGAUUGGUUGGUCAGUGGUGAAUGGACAGGGUUAGUAAGAUUUAAUUUAAAGGUUCCUGGUCUAAACUCACUGCCUUGCAUCACCUCCUCAGACUUCUUUAUACAUUUUUUGUUUAAACAAUUGGUAUGUUACAAAUUUACAAUAGAAACUAUUCUGUAAUGGAAGCACGUAGUGUGACAAUGAAUACAAUUAAAAACUUAAUAACCA